UUAUCUUUAUAUUUAGAGCGAAACGCAACUUUUCGAUGGCACUUGUAUACAUUCUCGUUGCUACAAGCCUGUUAAGUGGCCUGCCACUCGAUACCAAUGCCUUCAAGUAUGUCAAGUCUGCUCACCUGCCGAUUCAUUUACAAUGUUCUUGCCCCUUUGCAAGUGUAAUCAAGGUCGGUGGAGUAAGCUACCUUAGUCCCUGUGGUCAGUGGACUCCAGCAGAAAAUACAUACCCUGGGAUAGAAACCGCUGCUGACCAAGAAUGCAGACAGCAGCAGGAAAAUGAGAUGCGGAAAUGUGAUUUAUAUCUAAAAGAUCUUAAUGUUCACCUCCACUCCGGGGCCAAACUAGCCAUCAGUUACGAUUGCUUCGCCGACAACAAUGAUUUUGAUACGGCUUACUCAGAAGAUGGAGAUGACGUAACUUUACAAUGUCCUUCGAUAAAGCACAGCAUUGACAUUAAAGAGAUCAAAGUUGAAAAUAGCCAGGUUCCCGUGAAUGUGCUCAAAGCCAACCAAGAGUGCGCGAAACAGUUUUCCUUUCAAAAGAUGUUUAAUCUUGAGCCUCUUGAAUGCAACGUGAAGCGAGAUGGCAGAACGGGGUGCAUCCUCGUGGGGUACCUAUGCGAAGACCCGGAUGACAACGGUGGAUCUGCAGUUUUUCCGCCUCCUGGCUUUGACAUAUGAGUUGCGCAUGCCCAGGUUAACUCUUUUGCCUUUGUUUUGAAACAAUGUAAC